ACGUCACGGGAGCGCCCGAGCAGAGCGGUGGGGAAGCCACUAGUGGAAGAAGCUGGAAGAGACGGAAAACACGGAGACAGACACAAGACACGGACAGGAGACGGAGACACAGCCCCGAACACAGCGCCUCGUCCCGGCUGACCGUGUGCAGCCUUCCCCGGAGCUCGGACAUUGGCCGGAGACGAUAUGUGACCGCUCGGUUUUUCAGCUUUUUGUGUGUGUUGUUGUUCCUCCACAGACCUUAUUUCACAACCGAGGGCAGCCGCAGUGAGCACAUCAUCCUCGGCCUUGUGGAUUGUCUCUCUGCCUUUGUCUAAAGGGAUUCCCUAUUGAUCACUACGUCCUCACAAAGCCCAUGGAUUACAGUGAGGGUGUUGGAAACGCUUUUAAUACAGCUACAUCAACACUAUGACAUAUUUCAAGUCAAGAAAAGCCACAGCAGAAGACUGACAGGACUUUCUUUCUUCACAUUUCACUCUCACAUUUCAGAUAUUUUUGGGACACCCGUCUUACAUUUAUUUCCUGCGCUUUGUGUAGUUUUGAGCAUGCAUUUUUGAUUUAUUCAUUUGACCCAGAUCUCUGCAGUAAACGCCCCACUUUCUGUCAUCAUGUACGGUAGUUCCCGUUCUGUCUCAAAGCUGGAUGUUGUCGGAUCCAACGGUAACGGGUCGGCAUCUGGGAGUCCCGGUCGCUCCCCACCUCCUCGCUCCCCACGUCUGGGACACCGGCGGAACAGCAGCAGCAGCUCCACCGGUGGGCUUACUGGCACUGGGAAAACGUUAUCCAUGGAGAAUAUUCAGUCUCUGAAUGCUGCCUACGCUACUGGGGGCCCCAUGUACUUCACCGACACAGCUGACGAUCCGGUUGGCAUUGGGAGUCUGGGCAGUGGGCUGAAUCCCUCGCUGCCCAAAAGCACCAUGACCCUCGGCAGGGCCGGGGCCAGGGUCCCCUAUGGGGUCAGGGCGGCUGUCAUGGGGAGCAGUCCCAAUAUAAACACUGGGGGAAGUGCAGGAGCGGUUGUGCCCAGUGAUGCAAUAGUUGGCGGGGAACUGCAAAACCAGCCUCCACAGGCCGCUACAGUACCCCACUCCAUGAGACAGGUGAGAGACGGUGCCAUGUCUGACCUCCAGACUCAGCUAAGAGAAGUGCUACGAGAGAAUGAACUACUGCGCAGAGAACUGGAGGGCAAAGAGUCCAAGCUGAGCUCUUCCAUGAACUCCAUUAAGACAUUUUGGAGUCCAGAGCUGAAGAAAGAAAGAGCGCUGAGGAAGGAUGAAGCCACGAAGAUGGCUGUGUGGAAGGAACAGUACAGAGUGGUUCAGGAGGAAACACAGCAUCUUCAGUGCACCAUCCAGGCUUUACAAGAUGAGCUCAGGAUCCAGCGCGAUCUCAACCAGCUCUUCCAGUCCGAUUACUCCGAGUCCGGCCGCCUCAGCCAAUCCAUCCCUCCUCAAGAAAUGACGGAGGAGAACUUCCUGCGUCUCCACGGUGAAUACGAGCGGCAGGUUAAGGAACUCUUCCUCCUGAGGAAGACUGUUGAAGAAAUGGAGCUGAGGAUAGACACACAGAAACACACACUAACUGCCAGGGAUGAGUCAAUAAAGAAGUUACUGGAAAUGCUGCAGAGUAAAGGCCUGUCUGCUCGGGCGACCGAGGAGGACCACGAGCGAACGAGGCGACUGGCCGACGCUGAGAUGACCAUCCACCAGCUGGAGGGGUUUCUGGAGCAAAGAGACAAGGAGAUGCUACAACUCAGAGAGGAGCUGCACAGGAGAUACGAAGCAGCUCCAGAAUCAACCAAGACCAAGGCCCUGCAGACAGUCAUCGAGAUGAAGGAUGCAAAAAUCAGCUCGAUGGAGCGCGGCAUGAGGGAGCUGGAGGAGGAGGUGAUCAUGCUCAAGUCCAACGGAGCUCUGAGCAGCGAGGAGAGGGAGGAGGAGAUCAAACAGAUGGAGGUCUACAGAUCCCACUCCAAGUUCAUGAAGAACAAGGUUGAGCAGCUGAAGGAAGAGCUAACUCACAGCCAGUCAGAGAAGGAGGAGCUAAAGCAUCGAGUCAAUGAGCUUCAGCAGGAGGUGUCUGCAAUUGAACAGGCGAAGCAGGAGCUGAGUCGUAAGGACAGCGAGCUGCUGGCUCUCAGGACCAAACUGGAGACUCUGAACAACCAGUUUUCUGACAGUAAACAACAUGUGGAUGUACUGAAGGAGUCACUCACUGCCAAGGAACAGAGAGCUGCCAUACUACAGACUGAGGUGGAUGCUUUGCGUCUUCGUCUGGAAGAAAAGGAGUCUCUUCUGUCUAAAAAGAGUCAGCAGAUAUCAGAGCUGACGGAGGAGAAAAGUACUCAACAAGGAGAGAUCACCGACCUCAAAGACAUGCUGGACGUCAAGGAACGCAAAGUCAAUGUGCUACAGAAGAAGAUAGAGAACUUGCAGGAUCAGCUGCGGGAUAAAGAGAAACAGCUGAGUGGCCUGAAAGACCGAGUCAAGUCUCUGCAGACGGACACCUCCAACACAGACACCGCACUGGGAACACUGGAGGAGGCUCUGGCCGAGAAGGAACGUAUCAUCGACCGGUUGAAGGAGCAGCGCGAAAGGGAGGAGAAGGAAAAGGGGGACGAGAUGGAGUCCAGUAAGAAGGAGCUGAAAGAGCUGAGGGAGAAAGUCUCCCAGCUGCAGGCUGACCUGGCUGACCGUGAGACGUCAGUGUUGGAUCUGAAGGAGAAAGCUUCUUCUUUAGCCUCCUCGACUCUGAAGAAGGACAACAGGCUGAAAAGUCUGGAAAUCAGCCUGGAGCAGAAGAGAGAGGAGUGCAUCAAACUGGAGAACCAGCUGAAGAAGGCUCAGAGUGCAGCGGCCGAGUCCCAGGCCAGCACUGAACUCUCUGAACGCAUCUCCUGCCUGGAGCAGGAAGUGACCCAGCACAAAGAGGAUGCUGGGAAAGCCCAAUCUGAGGUGGAACGACUUCUGGAGAUCCUCAGGGAGAUGGAGAAUGAAAAGAACGACAAGGAGAAGAAGAUCCACGAAUUGGAGAGAAAUCCCUCUGCCUCUCAUUUGUGGCGUUCUCAGCAGUCGCGAAAACAAGCCCCUCCCCCUGCUGCCUCUCAGCAGCCAAUGGGGGGGCUGGUGUGGGACUACUUGGGCACUCUUGCCUCAAGGAAAGUAAAGCACAGGAGUCGAAGAGUGGCCAACCUGAAGCACAGGAGGCAGCUAAAGAACAGGAACGCCCAGCUGAUGGAGGAGGCCAAGAAGAGAGAGGACAAUCUCAACGAAAGCUCCCAGCAGAUAAAGGACUCCCUCCGUCAUAAGGAGGAUCGCAUGGAGCUGGAGGAGGCGCUGAGGGAGAGCGUUCAGAUCACAGCAGAGAGGGAGGUGGUUCUCGCCCAGGAGGAGCAGGCCCGAACACAAGCCGAGAAACAGGUGGAGGACCUGCUGGUUGCCAUGGAGAAGGUAAAACAGGAACUGGAGGUGAUGAAAGCCAAGCUGUCAUCAACGCAGCUCUCACUGGCCGAGAAGGAGGGUCACCUGACCGCCCUGCGGGCCGAGAGGAGGAAGCACCUGGAGGAGGUCCUGGAGAUGAAGCAAGAAGCACUGCUGGCAGCCAUAAGUGAGAAAGACGCCAACAUCGCCCUACUAGAGCUCUCCUCGUCCAAGAAGAAGAAAACCCAGGAAGAGGUGGCAGCUCUGAAAAGGGAGAAGGAUAGUCUGGUUCAGCAGCUCAAACAGCAGACACAGAACAGGAUGAAGCUGAUGUCCGACAACUACGAGGACGACCAUCUGAAGGUCGCGUCUCCAAACUCAGAGCAGCCCAACAAUCACAAGCCCUCUCCAGAUCAGAUUCUCUCUCCUCUCCUGGAUCUCAAUCAGAAUCGCAGUAAACUGAAGCUGUACAUCAGUCACCUGACCUCCCUGUGUCAGGAGCGAGACCCAAUCAUAUUGCAGGACUUUGCCCCGCCCCCCGCCUAUCACCGCCCUGACUCCGCCUCCUGGCAUACGCAGCUGCACAGCAUGACGCAGGAACAGUUGGAGGCGGAGUUAGCUCUGUGUGAGAGGGAGGGGGCGGAGCUCCAGGAGUACGCCAACCAGGUCCUGCAGCAGAUCGCCGACCGGUGCCCCGACAUUUUGGAACAAGUCGUCAAUGCCUUGGAGGACAGCUGCUGACAGACCAACACACACGCUGACUUACAUCCACACAUUCAUUAGCGUUUAAAGUCAGAAGGCAAGAAAACACGCAGCAAACAUCGAACACUCAGUCGCACACACAGAACCAUCACAAGUCUCCAGCUGUACCCCAUAAUAAUCCCCUCGUACACAAAUGAAAUCACAGUGUUGGAUGAAGAUGAAGACUUUCCCUUCCUUGGCUCUUCUGUUACCUGCUGUUCUGUUACCCGCUCUUCAGUCAUCUCAUUUCCACAGUCGGGAAAAGCGGAUGUAAGAAAAAAAAAUCCUGUUAUUACUGAAAGAUAUUCCUCCGCAGUGUCUUUAGUCGCUAUGAUUUUGAACAAACUGUGCCAGCUGAAGGAAAUAAUGUUCAUUUUUCAGUUCAAAGUGCUCUGUUGGCAUGCAAGUUAAUUGGAAAUAGUUGAUGUUCUUCAUGUAUUUUCCGAAAAAAAAACAAACAAACAAACUCUGACACAGAAGGAGCCUUCACUGCACUCGCCAUCUGGGACGCUUCACAGCGGCCAUCUUGUGUCCUGGCGAUGAGCAGUCGGACUCUGGGAAAAUUUUCUGAAACCUUAUUAAAUAGGGUGAAUAGGGUUGAGUUUGCCACGUUGUUUCUGAUGUUAGACUUACAUUCUGUUGCCACAUUGUUAUUUGAUUGGUGCAGAUACAAAAGUGUGUUUAUUUCAGCUGCCUUUAGCUCCUUACAUCAUUUGCUGCUAUCUUUUAAACUUUUCGCCUCUGUUUUUCUUUUUUCCGUCUCUUGUGUUUCUUUUUUCUUCUUCAGGUGUCUGAUGAAAUGUCCCGACUUGUAGUUUCCUUCAGCAGUAAUCUCUAGAUAGUUGUGUAAAUUGCAAAAGCGAGAGGUUUAAUUAACAGAUACACAGCUUUCAUCAGGGAGGAACACGACACUUUAAUCUAUUUGUUUUCCAUUACUGAUGAAAGGCACAAACUACAAUAUAUCUCGCAAUGCUCCCUUUAUUAAAACACACCAGUGUAGAUGGUUUGUGUUUCUUUUUAACCUCAAAAAACAUCUUGUCUUGUUCACUUACAGAAGUUAGGUUGAGUUCAGAUGAUUCCUCACAAAAAUCCCUUUUUGUGACAAUCCCUUUAGAGUUAACACGAGGUGAAAUCUGAACUUACCCACUUACUGGAACAUCUUUUGUUUUCUUUCUUUCCUGGGAGGGAGGGGAUAUAAAAAUAAAUGUUAAAUAAAUAUAUUUUUUGCUUUUGGUAAUAUAUAUAAAACACUAAUCUUGUUUUAAUUGAAGAUGUUGUCCGCUAUUGGUUGGUAUGCUACAUAACGUGUCAGAGUCUUUUCUUGUCUGGUUUGCGAGUUAACACAGAUUUGUUCCAUAAGCAGGACGCUGUUACUGGGAACGUAUGUUGCACCUACACGAGGCUCUGCGUCCACCGGGAGCAUUUUCUCAGAACCGGUUUCUUGUUCUUGUUGUUUACAGUGGAAAUGACACUCUGCAUGUUUCCCACAGUGCUGACAGCCUUAGCAUGAUUUAAACGCUUACGGCACUGAGCACUAGAGGUUCAGAUUGUUUCGACUUAAAGCAAAAAUUCCUCUAACAGUCUGUUUUUUUCAGUCUUACAAUGUAGUGAAGCCACGACACAGGAACCGUUCAGCUGCUCCCUGCAAAGAAACACCUGGUGGACACAAAGCCUCGAGUCUCGGAUUUACACCGCAAACUCAAAUCUGACUGCACACCUGGAUCUGAUUUGAAGGUAUAAAAGAAACAGAGGGUUUAGUGUUUUGGCACCAAAUCAGUGAUUCAAAACUGCUCUAAGUCACAUGGGUGUAAAAGAGGAGUUUCAUUUCAAACGCGUGUCAAAUCACCUGAUAUCGGACAGAAUUUCUUCAAAAUUCUGAAACGUUUCGAAGAUUUAGUGACACUUCAAACUUUAAGUAAAGUUAAAACAUGGUGAGCGUUUUAUUUUGACAUGAAACUUCAUCAGAUAUGAGCUUGUGUUGUAAAUUCAGUAUUUUGUUGUCUGUUUUAUACUGAUAAUGUUUGUCACUGGGAAUGCCAAUGACUGGGACUCACUUUGAAUUUCUUGUGGAUUGAAAAUUGGAAUGAACGAAUGGAAUAAAAUAUGGAUUUAUCUUUA